AUGUCCACCAACCGCGAAUCCUCCCCUGCCGGGAUCCCAGACGACAUCUUCCCCCUCGAUCCAGGAGGCGACAUCGUCCUCGACAUCCACGGCGUCUCCAAGGUCCUCGUUUCAGCCCUCCAUGCACAGGACCUCGAGUCCGGCAUCCUCACUUCGCUCCCUUCUCAGCUCGUGAACAAUAGCAGUGACAGCGACAGUGGCACUGAAGACGACGGGAAGGGUGUGCUCAGUGUCCUUGUCUCAAGUGACCGUCUCACCGAUGCAAGCCCGCACUUUGCAAACAUGCUCGGCUCCCUCACAGAGGCCAUGGUCAGCAAUGACCAAAGUAUGAACGAGCACUGGAGAAUCCGCAUUGACCUCCCUUUGCGUCCUCUGGAGCAUGCGAUGGACAUUAACGACGAGAGCCUGGCAUUCUUGUAUCUUCUUGUCAUACUCCAUGGCCAAGGCCGUUUCAUUCCGGUCGAGGUUCCCUUGGACAUCCUGGUUGCUUUGGCGCUCCUCGUGGACUUCCUCGGGGAGCCGUGCUACCAGGCUGCAAAGGGUGUUGCCGAUAUCUGGGUGAAGGUGCUGAAUGGCGAUGUCGACCACGAAGAUGUCAUGGGUCCUGCAGUGAACAUACACGAACGCCUUGCCUGGGUGUUGAUCGGGCACGUCUUCAAGCGCGAGGAUGUUUUCCGCUUUGCGACAAAGGCCGUCCUUCUUUCCUCCGAAGGGAAAAUCGAGUCUAUGCUGCCAAUCCCGGCUGCUAUUCUGGAAUCCCUCAACGCCAACCGCACCAAAACCCUCACAACCCUCACCCGCCUCCUCACGCACCUCCGCGAACCCAUCCUCUCGGGCUGCCGCAACAAAACAGGCCUGAUCCCCCUGCAAACCGACCUGGAAGAGAGCUACGUGCAUGUCCUGCCAGAGCACGUCUCGCUUGCGGUUGCCGAGGACCUCGACAAUCAAGCGUGUGUUAAUGCUGUGCUGCGCGCUUAUGAAGCCGCGAUGGAGUUCCUUGGGAUAUUGACCACCGUGGGUCUGGACUUUGAGGGGCUGUCGGUGAGGAAGAUUGUGAGUGGUGCGUUGAGGAUUGAUGUCUCUGAGGGCGAGGAGUAUCUUGACAAUGGGGCGCAUGAGAGGUGUUCGGUUAGUUGGAGGGUGAGGGGGGUGCUGGGGGUGUUUGAGAUGCCGGCUGGAUUGCAGUUGGAGGAGUUUCAGGAUUGA